CCAAGAGAUUUUCCCCUAAAAUUUCCCUCCUCCUCCUGUUCUUUCUCGUCUCGGUGUUUGUAAAGAGAUAAAAAUGGCAAAGUCUUCUGAGAAGAAAGGAAAGAGUGCCAUCAAUGAGGUGGUGACUCGUGAAUACACAGUGAAUCUUCACAAGCGUCUUCAUGGUGUUGGAUUCAAGAAACGUGCUCCACGAGCUAUCAAGGAGAUCAGGAAGUUUGCGGAGAAGCAAAUGGGAACGCCUGAUGUCAGAAUAGACACACGUCUCAACAAGCAGUUGUGGUCCAAGGGCAUAAGAAAUGUUCCCUUCAGAGUUCGCGUGAGAUUAAGCAGGAGGAGAAAUGAUGAUGAGGAUUCUGCAAAUAAGCUCUACACUCUCGUCACAUAUAUACCUGUUGCGACGUUUAAGGGUCUUCAAACUGAAAAUGUGGAUGCUAGCCAAGAUUAAUGUACUUCUGUAUAAUAAAUGAUGACAAAUUAUUAAUA